GAAAACUUUCAAGGAAUACUAUAACCUAGGGUCCUACAUAAGAAUCGUGACGACAAAGAGCUUGUACGCGGAGCUAUGGGUUAAUCGCGGACUAACGUGGAGCUACGCCUUCACCUACGAGGAGUCGGCUAAGUAUUUUGAAAAGGCUAUCGCCGCCGACCCUGACCGCGCAAUGCCCUAUUGGGGUCUCGCCUACUCCCUGGGCCUCAAAUACAACAAGACGUGGGACUUUUUCGAUGACCAUGACCUACAGACGACGGUGGACAAGGCCCACAGGGCAACUGCGUUGGCAGCCGAGAAGGUUGCGGCCGCCUGGCCCGUCGAAAAGGCGCUCGCCCAUGCGAUCCAGGCCCGGUACCCAUGGGUCCAUGAUCAGCACGGUUCCCGCGAAGAGACCUCGAUCUGGAGCCAAGAGUAUGCCGAGGCCAUGACAGCCGUCUGCCGAGAAUUCCCCAACGACCUGGAUGUCGCUGCCUUGUGCGUAGAUGCACUCAUGAACUUGACGCCCUGGAAGCUUUGGGAUCUUCGGUCGAGGAUCGCACUCGGAACGGUGGCGCCGCAAGUAUUGGCAGAUCGUGCUUAGGGCCGAUUCUGGUCUUUGCACAGGAACUGCUGGGAACUUUGCCAGUCCUAUUUCGAGGCUUGAUGGCCAUGAACUGCAUUAGGACCCAUUCAAUUGGAUGUCACGAGAUGCCGAGGACAUGGAUGCGAAAGAGUGACAGCG